AUGUCUCAGAAAGUAGAGAAGAAAGUGCCAGCGAGGGGAGGCGGGGACAGUCGACCUUCCUCUGCAGCUGGGAGGGGAGCUGGCGGGGACAGUCGACCUUCUUCGGCAGCUAGCACUUCGUCACGCACUCAUUCUCAAGGGGACGGCCCUGCUUUGAAGUCCUCCAUGAAAAACUCCCAUAAAGGCUCCACGCACAAAGACUCCACCAGCAGCUCAGAGAGUCAGCGCAAGAAGAGCCGUCAGCUCAGCGACAACUCCAUCGCUGCCAUCUACGCACCCUACCUCAAUGCACUGUUUGGACAGGAUAGAGAGUUAUUACCCGAGGAGCUAGAUGAGUUGCAGGAGGCCUUCAAGGAAUUCGACUAUGACAGUGACGGCUACGUGCACUACAAGGACGUGGCUGACUGCAUGAGGACCAUGGGCUACAUGCCCACGGAGAUGGAGCUGAUUGAGAUCAUCCAGCAGGUCAAGAUGAAAUGGGGAGGGCAUGUGGAUUUUGAUGACUUCUGUGAGUUGAUGGGUCCUCGCAUGCUGGCUGAGACGGCUAACAUGGUGGGGCUUAGGGAGCUCCGCUGUGCCUUUAGGCAGUUUGACUCUAAUGGGGAUGGACGGAUCACCUUCGAGGAGCUGAAGGAGGCCAUGAAGAGUCUGCUGGGGGAGAAGCUGAAGAAGGGAGAACUGGAAGAGGUCCUCGCUGACAUCGACCUCAACGGAGACGGCAAUGUUGACUUUGAUGAGUUUGUCAUGAUGCUGGCUCGGGUAUAGAUUUCUCAUCUUCCAGGGGAUGACGUCAAGUUGCUUCUCCUGUGACAUAACCAGGGUUCACAUGGCUUCUUGUGAUUUAUGUCUCCGACACAUUUUUAUAUACACAUGAUUGAGCCACGACGAAGACUAGACUGGGGAAAAUUGAUUUCUGUCCUUCACUAUGUUGAUCAUUGGCUUAUCUACAAACAGUUCUGCAAAUGAGGCUUAACGCUUAACCAAUGCCUCAAAGGGUGUUGGGACAGAGUUAUGAAACUACCGAAAAGUGGCACAAUAUCUGCUGAGGCAUUGCUGCCCUCUACAGACAAAAGUGGCGAACUGCAUCAAGACAGUUGCCCCUAAAGCGUGUAAAUACUGUAACUUCAAAAAAUAAAUAUGAAUAUGACAUGAAUUAGGUGUUUAUGUGUCUUUCUCUUCAAAUCUCAUUGGAGUCUAAUGUUUGAAGUCCAUUCAGAAAAUAGAAAAGAAAGAAAAAGA